AUCGUCACUUGAUGAAGUCGCAUUGGACGGAGAAGACUCGCUAGUCUUUACAUGUCCAUAUUUCUCAUUUUGAACCAUGGAUUUGGCUCAAGAAUUUGAAAACAGGGCGCUGGCAUCAUACGAGCCUGUUGAAAAGCUGAUGCAGAAGGGUACUUCGGAUGUGCAAAAGUUUUAUGCAAAUGAAACUGUGUUUUUGACUGGUGGAUCCGGAUUUUUGGGAAAGCAGUUCAUUGAGAAGAUUUUCAGAUCAUGUGCCAUCAAGAAGAUGUACGUCCUCAUCCGACCAAAGAAAGGCAAAACCAUUCAAGACAGAAUACAAUUCAUUUUGAGCGAUCCUGUGUUUGACAAACUAAGGGCGGUGAAGCCUAACUUUGCAGAGCAGAUUGUGCUUCUAGAGGGAGAUGUGGCUGACAUAAGGCUCGGUAUAAGCGACAAAGAAUGGGAGAUGGUAGCUAAAGAUACCAGCAUCAUUGUGCAUAUGGCUGCGACGAUUCGCUUCGACUCUCCCAUCCGGGAUGCUGUGGUGACCAACGUCAGAGGCACCAGAGAAGUCAUAUCUCUAGCUAAGGACUGUAAGCAUAUCAAAUCCUUCGUCCACGUAUCGACAGGUUUCACCCACGCCACUGCCAGCCGGAUAGGAAAGGACCUCAGGGAAGAGUUCCACCCUUGUCCAAUCUCUCCAUCAGCCAUCAUAGGCAUGGUAGAGACCAUGGAAGACAGCAGACUGGACAACAUAACUGCAGAAUUGAUCAAGGAUUGGCCGAACACGUACACCUUCACGAAAGCCAUUGCUGAGGAGCUGGUCAGGACUACCGCUGCUGAUCUUCCUGUAGCCAUUGUCAAGCCACCUUUAGUUUUGACCUCCUACAUCGAGCCGUCUCCAGGCUGGGCAGACACCAGCAUCAUGACAGGACCUUGUGGUGUCCUAAUAGGAGUAGGCCUAGGUCUUCUAAGAGUGUUCUACUUGAAAAGCGACCUGAAUCUGAACAUAGCUCCAGUAGACAUGGUGAAUAAUGCCAUCAUCGCAGCGGGAUGGGACUCCGUCGCCAAUAGACCAGCUAGUGAUGGUAUACCUAUCUACACCGUCAGCUCUACCAAAUGUGGAAUACCUUGGAAUUAUUUCGGGAGUUUGGUACGAUCAGAAGAAUUUAAACAUUUGGCUUGUCCCAAAGCAGUGUGGUACUGCUAUUUAAUAGAGACAACAAACAACUUAUUGUAUCUAUUCCUAUUCUGGUUCCUGCAUUAUAUACCCGCCUAUGUAAUCGAUGGUAUAUGCUAUGUGAUGAAGAUUAAAAUCAAGGGGAUUCCAUCAGCAACAAAAGUCUACGAAAAGAUAUACAAAGUAUCGAAAGUAUUUGGUUACUUCAUGACGAAUGAGUGGCAUUUCAAAGACGAUAAUUUGGUAGCCAUGAUCAAUCGUAUGUCUGAAACAGACAAAACCAUAUACAACUGUGAUGUCGCCAGUAUUAAUUAUAAAGAGUUCCUUAUUCGUAUGAUCGUUGGUUUGCGAAAAUUCAUAGUGAAAGAUGGACUUAUAGAUUCCGAAAAGGCUUAUAGGAAACAGAAACGGUUGUUUUAUGCAAAUUUGGUCUUUAUGACGUUGUAUAUUUAUGUUUGGGUUAUGAUUGCUUUCUAUAUGUUUAAGGGUAUCAAAUAUAUUGUUUAUUAAGGCGAUUUUUGUGUGGCUCAUGUCUGGAAUGAAAGUGUUGUGUGUAGGAGACAUACGAAUAUUAAUUAUUAUGUUAUCGGCUUACUCACGUAACUGUUUGACGAGGAACUCGACUAGUUUCAAGCCAUGCUAGAGGCUCAUAUUCAUGAGCAGCAUU